UUAUAUAAAAAAAGAAAAAACGUCUUCGCUCUCUCUUUUUUUUCUUCUUCCCUCUCCUCACUUUCUUACGUUUUGUUUUCUUUUCCUCACUUUCUCUUUCUCUCUCUUUCUUUUUUCUUUUCUUUUUCCUUUUUAUUUUUUAUUUUUUUUGGGGGGGUUUUGUCCCUCUCCCUCCCUCCCUCCGUCCCUCACUGCCCUUCGUCCCUUUCUAGUUUUGGACUGGGCUUGGGGGUUGGGUCUUUUUCCCUCUCAACAUUGCAUUUUGCUGGAAAUUCGUUUCGGAUUUUUCUUAGCUGCCAAACACUGUGGCGCAAGUCAAAUGUGAUGGGAAGUGGACUUUCCACCCUCUGUUCCUGCUUCGAACCGGUGAACCGGACCAACGAACCGGACCACCAAGACGUGAUAUUCACGGCCACCGACCCAUUGGACGAAACCCUAGGUCACUCCUUCUGCUACGUCAGAUCCUCCGCACGCUUCCUCUCUCCCUCUCAUUCCGAUCGCUUCCUUUCCCCCUCUUCCUCCCUCCGUUUCUCCCCAACCCACGAACCCGUCCCCAGGACCCGACCCGAAUUUCAUGAAACCGGCUUCAAAUCCAUUUCCGGAGCCUCCGUCAGCGCCAACAGCUCCGUCCCUAAAACCGUUAUACAGUUAGACGAAGAAGCCGUAGAUUGCUGCGGCGGAGCCGCCCUCAGGGGCAAUAUUGUCAAUGGGUUCGAAAGCACGUCGUCGUUUUGCGCUCUCCCGCUUCAGCCUGUGCCCCGAGGGGGUGAACCGUCUGGAAGCUUCGAGAGGGGCGGUUUCUUUCUCUCCGGACCAAUUGAGAGCGGCGGCGCCGCCGAAGGCGGCGUCUCCGGCGGAAACGAUGUCCCUUUCUCGGCGCCUCUAGGCGGGCUCUACGCGAAGAAGAAGAAGAAGAAGGGUGUUUCGGGUUUCCGGAAGGCGUUUCACCGGAACGACUCGGAGAAGAAGAGACCGUGGGUGGUGCCGGUGCUGAACUUCGUCGGGAGGAAGGAGGUUCCGGCGAGCGAGGGGAAGCCGCCGGAGGCUAAGAGUGAGAGCAAUAGCAAUGUGCAGUGGGCGCUUGGGAAGGCUGGGGAGGAUCGGGUUCACGUGGUGGUGUCGGAGGAGCAGGGGUGGUUGUUCGUGGGGAUAUACGACGGUUUCAAUGGCCCCGACGCGCCGGAGUUUCUGAUGGGUCAUCUCUACCGUGCAGUUCACAACGAACUGCAGGGUUUGUUCUGGGAAGUUGAAGCUGAAGAGAGUAGCAAUCACCCCGCCGAAAGUGGUGUGCUGAAAAACGAUGAUUCGGCUAAGAUGGUAGAGGGAACGGAGAGUAGACGGCGUAGGCUGUGGGAGUUUCUUGCUGAAGACCCUGAAGAUGGACUUGAUCUUUCGGGGUCGGAUAGGUUCGCGUUUUCAGUUGAUGAUGCAUUGAGCGUUAGCAAUGGCAAUGCGGGUUCAGCAGUUAGUAGACGGUGGCUGUUGUUAUCGAAAUUGAAGAAUGGAUUGACAAAGCAUAAGGAGGUUCAUGGUAGGAAGUUGUUGCCGUGGAAUUUGGGGACAGAGGACAAAGAGAAGGGGGAGAAUCGGGCGGAAGGCAAGCUUUGUGAUGGUGAUGGUGGUGGUGGUGGUGGAAGGAAGCGGAAAGUGGGUCCGGUGGAUCAUGAUCUGGUUUUGAGUGCAAUGUCUCGGGCUCUCCAAGUGACGGAGCUUGCAUAUUUGGAUAUGACGGAUAAACUUUUGGAUACAAAUCCUGAACUUGCUUUGAUGGGUUCAUGCCUAUUAGUUGUUUUAAUGAGGGAUGAGGAUGUGUAUGUGAUGAAUGUUGGGGAUAGCCGAGCUAUUGUUGCACACUAUGAGCCUAAAGAGGUUAAUUCUAAUGUGGAAUCCAGAAACAAGGGAGAUAUUGGGUCGAGCACCGAGAGCAUUGUUGAGGAGUCCUUAGGUUUAGGUCAAAGUGAAAGUGCAAUCAAGUUGGGGAAUGAGGGUCCUGCUCUAGAAAUGAGGUUGGUCGCAUUGCAGCUGUCUACUGACCAUAGCACGAGCAUUGAAGAUGAAGUCAUUAGAAUUAAGAAUGAACAUCCUGAUGAUACCCAAUGUAUAGUCAAUGAUAGAGUUAAAGGUCGUCUUAAGGUCACCAGAGCAUUUGGGGCAGGAUUUUUGAAACAGCCAAAGUGGAACGAUGCAGUACUAGAAAUGUUUCGUAAUCAAUAUAUUGGCACUGCUCCAUAUAUAUCCUGCUGUCCUUCACUACGUCACCAUAGAUUAUAUCCGAGAGAUCAGUUCCUGAUCCUCUCAUCUGAUGGUUUAUAUCAAUAUCUAACCAAUGAAGAAGUGGUUUCUCAAGUUCAGAGCUUCAUGGAAAAGUUUCCAGAAGGAGAUCCUGCCCAACAUUUAAUAGAAGAGCUGCUCCUCCGUGCAGCCAAGAAGGCUGGGAUGGAUUUUCAUGAGUUGCUGGAUAUCCCACAAGGAGAUAGGAGGAAGUAUCAUGAUGAUGUGACUGUUAUGGUGAUAUCACUUGAAGGAAGAAUCUGGAAGUCGUCAGGGAAGUAUCUGUGAGACCUUCAACUUGCUGUUGGCUCUGUACAUGUGAUAGUAUAUUAUACCCUGAGGGUGCCUCAAAGCUGGUGCCAAAGUUUCACAGCUGAUCCAUUUUUCAUGGGUCUAUGUGUUGUUUCUCCGUCUUGCAACAUAAAGUUAUCAACUUUUAAUGGCAAGAGGCUUCCGUUAGAGCUCUAUCAAGAAUUAAAGAUGCUGAAUGCAAUUUGGUAUGAGCUAAGAAACGGGCAUUGCAGAUGGGGUCGGGAAUUCUUUUUAGCAGUGAAAAAAGAAAAAUAUUAGAGCCUUUUAAACUGUUUCUUUUUCCAUUCGCAGUCUCUAUUCUGCUCCCCGCCCCCAUCUCUCUCUCUCUCUCUCUCUCUUGGCAGUUAUAGAGAUUAAAAAUGAUAAAAUUUUUGCAUGGCGAAGGCCCUUUUCGUUUAUUUAGUUAUUUUUAUUAUUAUUUUUUUCAUUUCUUUUCUUUCUUCUUUGGCAUAGCCCAGAAAAUGUGGUGUAUAUUGGUGGGGAUACUAGUGUACUUGUUGAACUC